AUGCGUUUCUCCGCUGUCUUCGCCCUCCUCCCCCUGGCCCUCGCCACCCCCAUUCCGGACAACAAGUCGAGCACGGCCUCCAACAGGAUCAAGGACAUUGGCAACAAGCAGGCCGACGUAGCCAACUCGGAGGUGGCCGAUAUCCAACGCGCCAAGAGCGCCCUCAAGAACGGCGGGUCGGCCAAGCCCGCCGAGGCGCAGCUGCAAAAGGACCUCAACAAGGGCAUCGCCCUGCGCAAGACCAACCAGGCCCUCCUCAAGAAGAUCAGCGGCGGCAAAGGCAGGCGCGACGUCCUGGAGGAGGAGGGAGAGCAGGCCGGCGGCGAGGACCAGGUCGUCGAGGUCCGCCCCACGCAGCCCGACGCCAACCAGGAUGAGGAGCAGCCCCCGCGGGCCAUCGACCGCACCGUCAUCGAGACGCGCGCCAACAAGCCCAAGGGCCCGCAGGGCGCCGCGAAGGGCGCCAACCCCUUCCAGAAGGCCAUUGAUACCCAAAACGCCAUCGAGCAGAAGCAGAAGGGCGCGACAAAGACCGUCAAGAGCCUCAAGGGCACCACGGCCGAUACGGCUAAGCUCGAUGCCCUUCAGGCUAGCUUCCAGAAUGGCAAUGCCAAGCUCUCUGCUUUUACUGGUCAGCUCACGAGCACGGCUUCAUGA